AUGAUGGUCAACUGUGGAAUGGAUAUUGAUGGACUACCAUGCACUGCACCUCCAGGAGAGGAAGGGAUGGACAUGAGUCAUGCAGGUGGAGAAUAUGAAGCCUUCGAAGGACUCACUGAGCAAAUAGCGGACGUCAGUGGCUAUCACUAUGUUGAUCUCCGCACUCGACAGGACCGAACAGAAAAUCAAACUGAACACUGGCAUCUUCAGCUGGACUUGCUUGUGAACGCUUACCUCGACUACCAUUCUUGUGAUUCUGGAGAUGGCAUGCCAAUCUUGGAGGAUGAGCUUCUGGAACCACCUUUAGACGAUUCUCCCAGUGUUUCACUGACUAACAUAGAACUCAUUGAUCUCUUCAGUAUGUAA